AUGUUUAAAUAUCCUGGUGGUUGGCCAAGAGAUAUUAAAAUUAAUCAUCAAUAUCAAAAAGAUGAAGUAGUCAUCUCAAAUGCCUUUUUCACAUCAAAUGAUAAAUACUCUCUGUUGGAACAAUGUAAACAUGUGAUUGUUGGAUCUGGUCCAUGUGGUUAUUCAUUCCUUCAUCAUGUCUUGUUGAAUGGUUACAAUGACUUGAAGGUUGAUCACUUUCAAACAUUGGAUCCUGUCUAUUCUGGUUUGAUUGGUCCAAGUGAAGUUAUGGACUUUGCUCUUCCAAGAGAAGUUGAUCAAGCUAAAAAAGAAAGACAAGAACAAGAAAAGAAGAAAGAAGAAGCUACUCAGUUACUAGGUCAAGUCAAUCAAGGUGUUGUUGACCCAUCACAAGUUGUUCCAUUGGACAAGAUCUAUCAACACGGUAAUCUUUACAAUAUCGGUGGUCGUAGUGUUACUUGGACUUGUUGGUGUCCAGAUCCAGAGCUUUGUGCAGAUGAUCCACUCAAGGAUGAACUAAGAGGAUUUGACCCAACCCUCUUUAAUGAAAUCAAACAACAUCUUCCAGAGGCCAAGAAACUACUUUGUUGUGAUGACACGUCAAAUGUCACUAUUUCAGAUCCAGACCUUCUCAAGUACUCCAAUGAUAUUCUUAAUAUCAUUAAAAAGGAUUUACCAAAGACCACAAAAGACAAAACCAGUGUUUUCAACAAAAGCCAAAAUGAAAAUGUCGUGUGGCAUACAGCCAAGUUUGCAUCGAUUGCAGCUGUUAGAUCAGAAUAUGCAAGCAACUAUGGCAAGUUUACAACUGUCUCUCCAAUCCUUAAACUGGCAUUGGCGUUCAAAGAAGAUACUGGUGCCAACUUUUUGUACAUCCUCUCCUAUAAAAUCAUUGGAUUGGUCAAACAAAUGGUAGAGACUAGUUUCAAGGUUAGUGAACACAAACCAAAGUUUUCCUCUGAUAAGGUCAUUUCCAUCUACCAAGCAUUGAUGAAUGGGAUUACAAAUGAAAUAAAAGAACUCAAGGAGAAUACCAGACUCAAAGAUCUUGUUGGACAAGAUGUAGAGGUAUCGGUUGAAAGAAUAUUAAAGAUGGUGUCAAGAAAGCAUGGUAAUCCAUUCCUCAAGAUAGAUUACAAGAGUCGUCAAUCAAGAGCAUCUGUAUUCCGUUUCAUCGAGCUCGUUCGUAAAUACCCAGCAGAAACGGACAAGAGUCAAUUCAUGUUGUCCGAACUAACCGAAAUUGUUGGAAAGCUAAACAAUUACACUCCCGAGGGUGGACCAAGUGACGCCAAAAAGCCAAUCUUUGAACAGAUCAUCAAGUUCUUUGGUUCCCUUAUUCAUGCUCAAAAGAAUCUUACCGAUGAAGAAAAGGUGAUUGAAGGUGUCAUCAUUGACCAUUUACCAAAGAGACAAUUCCUUCUCUAUGCUGGUACUGAAGUUAGUAAACUUACACAAAUCAAAAAGGAUAACAAGGAUGAUGGAUUGUCAGUUCAAAUCAAUAAUGAUGAUAAUUUAACCAUCAAUCUUUCUAGCACUACCAAUCUUGUAUUGGCAACUGGACCAUUCCCAGCAUCCAAUUUACUCUUGAAAUCGUUCAAAGGAAAGGAUGUAGGAUUGGUUGACAAGAUUGGUAAUGAUUUCUCAGCUCAUUUCUGUUCAUCGGUUGUAUUCCGUGUGAAAAAGGAUCAACCCAAGCCUACUACUACCAAUGAACCCCAAAAGAAAGGUAAAGGAGGAAAUUCUCAACCACAAGCUCCACCACCAAAAGUACCCACCAACCUCAAAGAGUACAUCAACUCUAUCACUGCAUCAUCAAAUUUCAAUGGAAAGGAUUAUGCUGAAGCUAUUUAUAUUGCUGGGUGUAUCAAGGACAAAGAGAAUAAGGCACUGAAUGAAUGGCAUGCCCAACUAUCAGUCAUUUAUCCAGGAAAGCAAGGUAUUCGUACUGAAAACACACUACGUCGUAUCCUACCUGGUGGUCCUGACUCUCUUGCCAGCACUUCUGACCCAGAAUACUAUUAUUUCAAUUUCUCAAUGCUUGGUGAAUUAUUGACUCGUCAUUAUCGUGUUUGGGCUGGAUUAGAUGUUGCAAAAGAGGAUAAAGAAAAGGUAGCAAGAUACAAUUAUUUGGAUCAACCUGAAAAGGGAUUACCAAAUACAGUAUUGGAUUUGGAUAUUUGUAAAACUGAUAAUGAAUCAUGGGGUGAGAUGACUGCCAUUCCAUUUUCAUUCAUUUCUCGUUGGUUCCCAAAUACCAUCGUUGGUCUUAGAAACAAGGAGACUGGUGAAUGGAAUGAAUACGAUACUAACUCGGACGAUUUUAAAAAGGUAGCAGGAGAUAUUCGCACUCAUCGAUAUGACAAGUUUGCUUCAACUGGAUUUGUUCAUGAAGCUUGUCUUCAUCCAAUUGGAAACAAAAUUCCCAUUAACAACAACAACAAAGCCUACACAAUCAGUGAUGAUGAAUGUCCAGUUGGUACAGACUAUCAACUCAAAGGUGUACCAAAUGUCUAUCUCACAGGUGCAGGUCUCUUGCCAAAUUGUGGCUCUUGGAAUCCAACAUUAUUCAUCUCUGCAAUGGCUGUUGAUCUUGCUCAUAAAUUAUCAAACAAAAAACAAACUAAAUCAAAUUAA